AUGGGUCAGAGUGCUGAGUGGUUUGGAUCUGUGGGACAAACAAUUGGUCAUCUCUCAUGUCAUCUAGCUGGCUUAGACAUGUGGGACACGUUAUCGCUGUGUGCACAUAUCUACCUUGUGGGACACGUUAUCGCUGUGUGCGUCAUCUGCCUGCACGCCUGCUCGCCAGGAUUGGGAGGUGCGGCCGUACAACUCUGUGUGCAGGGACCGUACAGGAUUGGGAGGUGCGGCCGUACAACUCUGUGUGCAGCGAGCGUACAAACAGUGCAUCGUAUGCCUGCAUGUCUGCUGCCAGGAUUGGGAGGUACGGCCAACUCUGUGUGCAGCGACCGUACAAACAGUGGCCAAUCACUAGACCUCGGGACAAGCCUUGUGGGACACGUCAUCGCAUGCCUGCACGCCAGGACUGGGAGAUGCGACCGUACAAACAGUGGUGCGGCCUUACAACUCUGUGUGCAGCGACUGUACAAACAGUGA